CCGCGCAUGCUCCGAGCGGCGCGCGGCCGCGGGUGCGGGGAGCGCGGUCUCCCGCGCGCGACCCUCCCGGCGGGGCUGCUGCCGAGCCGCUCUUUCGGAGCCGCGCUGCAAUAAAGUUGGUUGAGAAAAUCACAGUCCUUCUCAAAAGAGUGAAAGAGGGCGCGAGCCCGCCGGGGGCCCGCUGGGGAGCCGGGCGGCGGCGGCAGCGGUUGCGCCGCGACCAGGAGGAGCUGUCGCGCCUGGCGCGGGCGGCGGGGACGAUUUGAGAGAGAAGAUCUGGUCACCUGGCAUUAAAGCUCACCUCCAAAAAUGUUGGAGGAAGAUAUGGAAGUGGCCAUCAAGAUGGUGGUGGUAGGGAACGGCGCCGUUGGAAAAUCAAGUAUGAUUCAGCGGUAUUGCAAAGGCAUUUUUACAAAAGACUACAAGAAAACCAUUGGAGUUGAUUUUUUGGAGCGACAAAUCCAAGUUCACGACGAGGAUGUCAGGCUGAUGCUAUGGGACACGGCAGGUCAGGAGGAGUUUGACGCGAUAACGAAGGCCUACUAUCGAGGAGCCCAGGCUUGUGUCCUGGUAUUUUCUACUACAGACAGGGAGUCUUUUGAAGCGAUUUCCAGUUGGAGAGAGAAGGUGGUGGCUGAGGUUGGAGAUGUUCCAACUGUACUGGUGCAAAACAAGAUCGAUCUCCUGGAUGACUCCUGCAUAAAGAACGAGGAAGCUGAGGCUCUGGCAAAGAAGUUGAAGCUGCGAUUCUACAGGACUUCAGUGAAGGAAGAUCUCAAUGUGAACGAAGUUUUUAAAUAUUUGGCUGAAAAAUAUCUUCAAAAACUUAAACAACAAAUAGCCGAGGAUCCGGAAUCAAUGCAUUCAAGUAGUAACAAAAUUGGUGUCUUCAGCACAUCGGCUGGAAGUCACUUGGGUCGGAAUUCUAGUGCCCUUAACGGUGGGGAUGUCAUCAACCUCAGACCCAACAGACAGAGGACCAAGAAGAACAGAAACCCUUUUAGCAGCUGUAGCAUACCCUAAAGCACCUUGGGGAGGAAGAGGUGCCCUCAUGCUGUGCGGUGAGACAUACAUGCAGCUGUCAGGGUAUGUGACAUGAUGCCCAGCAGACUUUGCACCUAAAGGCCCUCUGAGCGUUGACAGACCUAAAUAUCGUUCUGCAGUGCUUUUCAGAACAGAGCGAGAUCUUUGGUGGAAAAAUUACUGCCCUGUGGACUCCUUUUAACUUUUUUACAUUAGACGAAGCGUCUCCUGUUUUUGAAGGAAUGCUGUAAGAAAUAUCAAAAACAGGGGUUCUGCCGAAUUUUAAAUGCUGGAAAACUUAAAUGCCUAAACACAUUUGUACAGAUUUUAAUACCAUGAGUCAAGAAAAAUAGCAAGCGUUAUUUCUUUGAAAUUGGUCAUCUAGCUUUUCUGGAAAAUAGUACUGAAUCUGAAUACUUAGAAUAAUAAUAUUGGAAGGUGAACCCUCAUCUUCCAGCCUGCAGUAGUGCGGACUUGUGCAAUAUCUGUAGAAUGUAGAGGGUGGAGGCACUCACGCAGAGACCCAGUACUCACGGACCCUGAAGGCAUGUGCAGUGUUUAAGGAGAUUGUUUUUUUUUUUUUGGCCUUACCUGCGGAAGUUCUCGGGCCAGUGACAACAGCAGAUCCUUAACCCACUGAGCCACCAGGGAACUCCUUCCUAUACAGUGUUUAAGGAAACGCAGAAUCUAACUCAUUCAUUCAUAAACCCAUUUACACAUCACAUAUAUGCUCUGAGUUUUUAUUUUCAAAUUAAGAGAUUCCACAGAUAUUUUGCAAAAAGAGCUUGGAUUUAAAAAGUGCUUUGUGCCAAAAAUAUCAUACUUAAUUCUCAGUGCUCUUCCAGAAGUUAUACUGCUUAUAAUCUCUGUUAAAAGCAGGUUUCCUCUCUGACAGGGUAGAUGAAAGAGGAAAUGUCUUAGUGCUGGGACACCUCCCAGGGGGACUUGCUGCAGAAUCUGCCGUCCAUCCUCACGCGUGGCGGCCCAAGCUGGCGGGCCCUUUGGGAGAGACCAGCACCCACAGGGCUCCCAGUCCUGCAAGGUGCGGCCUCGCCCAGUACCUUUUGCUGCUGACAAUGCAAUUUUGAACUUUGAGGAUUAUGCUAACCAUUUUUUUAAAUACACAAGAGAUGAUCUUUUGUCUUAACCCACACUAUGGAUUUUAUAACACCCUGCAACUCUAAAGCAUCUUUUUGUUUACACAUUUUGUAUGGUGUUUUAUCAUUUAAAGAUUUCUCUAACCUUCAGUUUGUAUAGCACUUUCUCAAGAACUCUGUCAGCACCAAAUACAAAAUAAUUUCUUUUUAAGAAGAGAUUUUAACAUGUAAUUAUGUGGCAGAGUAUAAGUUUUGUGACUUGGGACAGUUGCUUUCCAACUAAGAUAAUUAAUUGCAUGGACUCUGUUAAAACUGAUUAUCAUUCAUAAUGACAUAUUUUUAACCCCUAGCAAUGUGCCUGGGUUUUACAGGAUUUUAAGAUAUGUAAAAACAGCUUUUCUUUGAAGAUGUGUCAUGCAGUCAUUUUUCAUUAUUUGUACUAAAUGAGUAAUGUUUUCUAUAUUCCUUUUGUAUGUUUUUUUCUCUCUUUUUUUAAGUCUUCCGUCUGCACCACCCUCAGCCCCUGUCCAGAUUAAUGUUGGGAACAUGAUAGAAUUUUCUAGGGCAUGUCUUAAAGUGGUCAGGAGUGAAUGUUGCUUUUCAUAAUAUUGAAAUAUUCUGGCAUUAUCUAUUGCAAAGUAAUAUGAAAUGUUUAUUUUUGCGUCACCAGUGGUCACCACUCCCAUUGCUGGCGGUGGGGUGGGUGCUGUGGAGAACUGAUCCUCACAACGGGUACCCGCUAGUGGCUCAUCUUCCCCUUUCUACUCCGGAAAUACAGUCUCUUUAAUUUUUGCACAAAAUAUAUUUUGUAGCAAAUAGUCUUUAGAGCAGAGAAAUCACGUAAUGUAAAAUGUUGUAGUUCUAUUUCACAUUAAGUGUGUGUGGGUAAAGUUUAUUUUUCUAUAUAAAAAGUAUAAUCUCUGAUGAUGGUUGCAGCUCCCCUGCUAUUUGUAAUAUAAUUUUAUGUAGUUUUGGGUUUUUUUGGUUUUUAUGAGAACUCAAGAGAUCUUUGUUACACAUUUGAAUUUUUAAUUUGCACUUUUAUAUUUUAAACAUAACCAUAAUUAGUCAUUUAAAAUAAUUAAGUAGGCCUGCAAAUCAGCCACAAGUGAUAGGUUGAACCCUUUCUCAAUUUAAUUAGUUCUAAAACCUUCCAAAAUGACAUUAAAUUUGGCCCCCGAGACCCUUAGUUCUUUUAAAUAACUUAAUCUGUAAUGAACCGCGGAGGCUGGCGCGCUCUUGUGUGAGGCUCUGGGCCGGGUGCACUUGUGCUCUUGGACGCGUCUGUCGCCUUCGGCUGGGCUGUCACUGCUGUGUUGCAGCGUCCCUCUCCUCCAUCCGUCUGCCUGUCCAAUUUAGGGCGCACAGGGCAGGCCACGUCUGGCAGCAUAACUCACUAAAGCCGGGCUAAGCGCUUUCCCCGUUAACGGCCCAAAGUUGGCGGCACUUUUUGUGUCCUUCUUCAGCACAGAGGGACACAACCGCCCCUGAAAGGAGGGCCAGUCCUCACCAGGGACUGGAGUCCAGGGGGCCUGGGGUCCCCGAAGCUGGUGGCGUGGAGCUCGGGAGAACUGGGGGUGGUGGGGCAUGGGUCUCUCCUGCCAACCUUGGGACGAGGAACUGGCCUCUGGACCUGACUGCGGGCGGGAAGGGAAGGGCACCCCGUCCGGGCACAACACCGCCAGCCGCUCGCAUCCCUCUCGACCCGCUCCUGCGUCCUGAGUGGAUCUGCUUCUCUGAACACCGCGUGAACUGACACGCCACAGCCACCAGUGGGACAGGCAGAUGUAGACUUUCAUUCGUUGUGAACAUCAUGAGCUUUCUUGUCACUCUAGGUUUUCACCCUAAAACAUGUAAACCUGAUACACAAGUGAACUUACUUGCUAAAAGAAAAUGCACCCACAGUGGGCAAUGAAAUACCGUCACUGACACCCAGGUAACGGGGUGAGGGGCUGUGAGGCCCUACCAGGGACUAGUGCUCCUGCCUUUUCUCUCGACAUACCUGUACUAAGUUGGUAAAUGGGCUUUUAAAACUAAAAACUUGGGAUCAAAAGGAAAACUGAUCCCUUCUAUACUGUCGUUAUUACUAAACGAUGCCUUUGUCAAUAUGAAUGGAAAACCACUUGGAUGUAUUGUUAUUGGGAUGUAUUGGUAUUAAAUUAAGCCCCUUACACCUAAUUUAAAAUAUGCUACCUAAUAAAAAUUCCAUGAAAGAUGAACUCCAGUAAGCAAAAAAUAAAUGUCUCAACGCUAGAA